CCUCACAUGAAUGCACUCAGUUAACUGAGAUCAGUCCGCAAACAUGCUCUGGAAACUAGUAGAAAAUGUGAAGUAUGAAGAUAUUUAUGAGACCGUCUCCCAGAUGUUAGUCCAUACUUAUUCAGCUACGGACCGGCACGAUGGAGUACCGAGUCACAGCUCCAGGCUGUCCCAGUUGGGCUCGGUGUCACAGGGACCGUACUCCAGCGCCCCGCCGCUGUCCCAUACUCCAUCAUCGGACUUCCAGCCGCCCUACUUUCCGCCGCCAUAUCAGCCGCUUCCGUACCACCAGAGCCAGGAUCCGUAUUCCCACGUUAAUGACCCUUACUCCCUGAACCCUCUACAUCAACCCCAGCAACAUCCCUGGGGGCAAAGACAGCGACAAGAGGUUGGAAAUGAGACAGGCUCUUUACUGCCCCAGCCGCGGGCAUCUUUGCCCCAGCUCUCUGGACUCGACCCCAGGCGGGACUAUGCCUCCGUAAGGCGGCCAGACGUGCUUCUUCACUCGGCGCCCCACGGGCUCGAAUCUGGAAUGGGAGACAGUCUGUCGCUUCACGGCCUUCACGGAAUGGACGACGUGCAGGCCGUUGAGGACGCGAACAACAGUGCAAUGAAUCUUUUGGAUCAGUCGGUCAUUAAAAAAGCCCUCCUUGCUCCCUUCUCAGUUCCCGUCCCGCAUAAGAGUGUGGCGUCGCUCAUGAUGAGCAAAGACGGAUUAAUUGGCGGGAUCAGCGUGAACGUGAACGAGGUCUUCUGCUCCGUGCCCGGCCGCCUGUCCCUCCUCAGCUCCACUUCUAAGUACAAGGUGACAGUGGGUGAGGUUCAGCGGCGUCUCUCCCCACCUGAAUGCCUCAACGCCUCCCUGCUGGGGGGCGUCCUCAGGAGAGCAAAAUCUAAAAACGGUGGCAGAUCUUUGAGAGAAAAGCUUGAGAAAAUCGGUUUGAAUUUGCCUGCUGGCAGACGCAAAGCUGCCAACGUCACUUUGCUGACGUCACUCGUAGAAGGAGAAGCGGUCCAUUUGGCCAGAGACUUCGGCUAUAUAUGUGAAACGGAGUUUCCCACAAAAGCCGUGUCCGAGUACCUGAACAGGCAGCACACGGACCCCAACGAGCUGCACUCGCGGAAGAAUAUGCUGCUGGCCACUAAGCAGCUCUGCAAGGAAUUCACAGAUCUGUUGGCCCAAGACAGGACACCGCUGGGUAACAGCAGACCCACACCCAUCUUGGAACCGGGCAUCCAGAGUUGCCUCUCGCACUUCAGCUUCAUCACCCACGGCUUCGGCUCACCUGCCAUCUGCGCCGCCCUGACCGCCUUGCAGAACUACCUGACAGAGGCCCUCAAAGGCCUGGACAAGAUGUUCUUAAACAACAACAACAGCACGAGUCGACACACUUCGGGAGAGGGACCCGGCUCCAAGGGUGGAGAUAAAGAGGAGAAACAUCGGAAAUAGAGCAAGCGAGCAAGAGAAUCGCCCAAAUCCUUUAUAUUCUAGCUUUAAAACAUUACAGUUACUUUGGGGGAAAAUAACGUGCUUGAAGAAGAAUCAGAAUUUAAAUAAGAAGAUGGAAGAGAAGAAAAAAUAGAAGUUGAAUACUGGUCACGGUUAAGCAGGUUUUGUAUCCCGUUAAGUACGUUUAGAUUAUGAUUUAAGCAUUUCUGUUAAGGAUCUUCACGCAGGUCUGCCUAAGAAACAUUCGAAGACGAAGAUCUGCAGCUGCAGACUGGCCAAACCUCCAGUCUUUGUCCAGCUCCCUGUUGAAUAGCGCGGUGGAUUUGUCAACUGCUCAAGACUCCAGUAGGAACCCAGGUUUCCGCGACCAUAGCAUAACAGGGCCAAGCUCCUGGUCAGGAGCACGUCACCGUUUGUCUGUUCCAUGUCGGUUCACUCUGAGGCUGAGCCAGACUUGGGCAGCCGACUGUGUCACUGUUUGAGGGAUGCCACACAUUUGCACUGUUCAGCAAAUGUAUUGGCCUUGUUCCAAAUAUAGUGCCCCACAUUACCAAUGGUCUAUGAAGUUAGGUCAUUGAGUAGUAUACAAACUGUAUAAAUAUCCCGCAGGACAUUUCCAAAGAGGGUUUAGGUCAAGUAAUACCCAUGGUGUGUGAACUUCAUAUGAAACUAUUUGUUGACAUCCUGAAACCAAUCUUUAAUCGCCUGAAUUGACAACCCAGCGACGGAUAAGGCUAUGUCUUGGCAUAUUUGUGCAUUUACACACAAUUAAAUACGUACUCCUAUAGCAACUACAUUUUAUUUGCUAGUGUCAAUUUCCAUUAAUCUUUCCACUGCAACAGCCUUUAAAGAUUUAUCAUUUAAGUUCCUUCGAGGAGCUAAUUAAUCGCCCAGAAGGGAAAGAUACAAGCUUAAGGCUUGCGGCUUUGCGAUGUCAGGAACACGGUUGAGUAAGAGCCUCCACUAACGCGUUUAUGGCACGACAUAUACUAUAAAACCCAAGAAACUGCUUUAAUGCGGUACUUACUAUUAUAAACUGCAUGAGCAUUUGUGGACGUUUAAAUGCGUCCUGCCCACGUUGUUAUAUUAACCACCUUAACCACGAUAAGGAAGGCAAUUUCAGGAAAGAAGGCCGGAGAAUAGAUACGAACAGGCCAAAUUGCUUCGCGCCGAUUAAAAUCUUGAAAUACGAAAAAAGAGGAAAAAAACAGACCCUGGUUUCUGAAACAUCUACACAGUUAAAAUAAAAACGAGCAAAAUUCCCAUAGGAUUAACAGUUAUUUGCUUGUUUUGACUCAAACUAAAACUGCAUUUUAAACUUUCGAUACCUUCGCUGUAAAGUUUUAUUCUGACACAUAAAUUAAAUAAAUUAAAUUUAGUUUCGAUUUAAACGGUGGCCGAUUGUGUUAUAAAAGUUUUUUUAAAGAAUCGCUGUUACAUUUUAAAAACACGCCGCUUGCCGAGUGUAGUCAUUUAAUGAAAUAUUUAGCAUAAAUAUAUUAGCAACAAACUGCUAAACGAUGUUAACACACGGGCAACACACCGACAUGGUUCCUAACUUACAGUUUCAGGUGCAGAACGUGAAUUUCUUCUAUAGCCGAUGUAUUUAUUAAAUAUUCCUGGGUGGAAUACUGGUGAAGGGUUCAUUUAAAUGAAAUGCUAAAUGUCUCAGUGGCAGCAGACGAUUUCCCCACGCAAACAAAUCAGAGUAGUGUCCAGUGAUUUGUGUAACUUUUAGAAGAUUUUAUGCAAAAGACUAAUAUAUCUUAUUAUUUAUUUUUAGCUGGAGAAAAUCUUUAAUCUCCGAGUUUUCACAGCGUGGGCUCCUCAUUCGUCAUAAAUCACGUCACCCAGACCAUUACCUGCUAAUGGAGAGAGAGUAUACCUUGUAAUGUAAAAGGCGACUUUAUCUCUCAUUUGGGUUUCUCCAUUAUUUCAGUGUUUGACAUUACAGUGACCUCUAUAAUUCGACUAAGUGUAUAACUGACGGUGUGGUGAGUUUGUUAUUUCUGAAUUUUUAACGAGUAAUGCUGUUACAACUGUCCAUAUCUUGCUUUCGAGUUUCUUCCUUUAAAUUAGAUAAUCAUGCACUUACAACCGAAACCGGAUUUCGUCUGUCUUUAAAAAUGCGAUGAUUAUGUCCGAAUGAUUUCAUUGUAGCUCACGAUGACGUGAAGGACACUGAUCUCUUGCCAUUUGUUAUCAGAGAGAAUAGGACAAACGCAUAAGCGAGUAAAUACAUAGACGUACAUUUAAGUACAAUGCGAACCCUUCACACUUAUGCCAGAAUAUAUUGCUAAAUGUCGUCAUUUUAUUGACCUUUACUGAAAUCCAAUAUCUGUCGAACGGAACCUCCUUUUGGUACAGGUUAUGGGAGGAAGCGACUGAUAUUUAUGUUUGUACAUAUUUAUUUAUGCUUAAUUUAAUGGAAGUUUGUAAAUAUGGUGAGCAAGCAGUUUGGAUUAUUUAUCUGUGACUAUACCUCUGUGAGUGGGUGAAAACGCUUGACUUUAGAUAGUAUCCUGUAAUUUUUCUGUUCCUUAGACAAGUUGUUAUGGUGGUGGGUAGAAUUUGGUUCUUGUCCAGUGAUUUCAUUUAUAUUAAAAUAAUUAUAAUAAACUUCGUGUUUUACCGUA